AUGGGGAAGAUCACAUUUUUUGAGGAGAAGAAAUUCCAGGGACGCUGCUACAACUGCAGCAGUGACUGUGCCGACCUGCACACGUACUUCAACCGCUGCAAUUCCGUCCGAGUGGAGAGCGGCGUGUGGGUGAUCUAUGAGAGACCCAACUACAAGGGCUUCCAGUACAUCCUCAGCCCUGGGGAGUACGGCGACAACCAGCAAUGGAUGGCGUUCAGCGACAGCGUCAAGUCCUGCCGUGCCAUAAAGAAUGUGAGAAUCUAUGGCAGCUCGUGGAAGCUGCGAAUGUACGAGAGGCCGGACUUUGGGGGGCAGAUGGUGGAGUGCUCGGACGACUGUCCUUCAGUGUACGAUACCUGCAAGCUGCGUGAGGCGUACUCCUGUGUGGUGACCAACGGUGCCUGGGUCUUCUACGACCUCCCCAACUACAGGGGGCACCAGUACCUCCUGGAGCGGGGCGAGUACCGGCAGCACAGCGACUGGGGGGCCGCCUCACCUGGUGUCGGCUCCUUUCGCAGGAUCACAGAGUUUUAA